AUGCCAAACUCCACAGGACCGGGACUGGUCUCCUACCCUGCGGUAGCACUGGCCGCGCUUCUUCUGGGGUGCUCAGAGGUUUUGAUGACGGCUGCCCCGAAGGCGAAUGGCAUCGUUGGAGCCGGCGUGGGAACAUCGGCGGCUAGCGUUGCAGUUGGACGGUCGGUGCUGGAGAGCGCGAAAGCAGCGACGGAUUCCUUGGUGGAGAUAGAUGAGGCCUUGAGAGGGAAGCCAAGAGACGGUGGUUGGGACUUUUAAUGAAGUGGGAGUAGGGUAUACAAACAACACACGGGGCGGUGCUGGCGGAUAGAAUAUGUGCGCGCUGCCCUGCCGUGUUCCGCCGGAUGUGCAAGUACGAUACCGUCCGGUCUUGCGCAGGAAUCGAGAAAGGGGAAAAGCGCGUGUAUAUUCGCAACAGGUAUCGUGGUGAUGUGAGGCACUUGUUGCGACCGCCCUGUGGACACGCCUGUCUCUUGAGGAAAGGAGUCAAGGAGAGCAAGACUACAUACUUGUACAGAGUCUACGCAGGCUCCAAAAAAGUUAGCCACGUUGCACUCGAUCACCACUCGGAUUAGCGAAUGUACACAAAGCACACGACACGUAUUGUUGUUCCCGCCGGUUUCGUGAAGAGGUGGAGGGCGGAGGGUGUCGCUAUCCACGUACGGCUGUUAGGGGGCAGUCUUUGUGUCGUUUUAUGGCUAUGAAACGUAUGAAUCGGAAAUGCGUCCAACCUUGACUCGUACAUACCGCGAUUUGAGCUGUGCAUAUUCGAAACAGCACGCCACAAAAAUCUGAGGACGUCUUUCACCCGUAUUCAAUUCUUACUAUCCAGCGAGCUUUCUUCUAAGCAACAACGGGUAAACAACGUCAGAUUCCCACGUGUUUCGACCACUCCUGGCAGACAUUGCUGUAAGUGGCAUCG